CAUGUCCUGAAAGACAAAUGGCGCACGUGCCACUCCCCCUUCAACCCUUAAUUCUCCCACAUUAUAUAUGUGACAACCCUCUGUAACUGCCUCACUCCUUCCUUCCCCUACAACCAUGGCAUUGCCAGCCGGAGAUUUUGAAAAGAUGGGUGUCGAUGUGAUGCUGCAGAGAUUUUCCGGCGAGUUUGGGCUUUGGCACUUGCGGCACCUAGUGCUAGUCAGCUUGGCAUGGCUUCCCAAUGCCUUCCACACCAUGGUCAUGAUUUUUGCCGAUCACGAGCCGGCCUGGAGGUGUACCGCAUCUUGCUCUGGUUCAUUGAUGUCUGUCUGCAACUUGGAGCCCGGCUCAUGGGAGUGGGUGGGAGGCAAUGGCGCUUCCAUAGUUUCAAGUUUUGGGUUGGUUUGCGGUGACAAAUACAAAAUCGGCUUGGUUCAAUCUGCUUUCUUUGCCGGAAGCCUCAUAGGUGCAGGGAUAUUUGGGCAUCUCUCUGAUUCUUUAUUGGGUCGAAAAGGGGCGCUAACGGUCGUAUGUGUAAUGAAUGCUCUCUUCGGCUUUUGCACAGCAGUUGCACCAAGUUAUUGGGUCUACUUCCUCCUCCGCUUCCUCACUGGUAUUAGUGCUGGUGGUGUCGGCCUCGCCGCCUUUGUCUUGGCUACUGAACCCGCAGGCCCGACCAAGCGGGGAGCCGUUGGAAUGUCAACAUUCUAUUUCUACUCUGUUGGACUUGCCUUGCUUUCUUGCACUGCCUACUUUUUCCGGCAAUGGCGCUCCCUCUAUGUAGUUACUUCCUUGCCCUCGCUACUCUACAUUGUGGCUGCCCUCCCCUUCAUCUCUGAGUCCCCUCGGUGGCUCCUGGUGCGUGGUCGCAUCUCGGAAGCCCUGACUGUCAUGGGAGAUAUGGCAAAAACCAAUGGCAACCACCUCCCUAACGGAGUCUCUCUUGCCCUUGAUAAUCAAUUACUGGAUUACGAUAAUGUGUCGGAAAAUCGAGUGAUCUCUGGCUCCCUCUUUGAUGUAAUCAAAUCUCCAUUAACCCGCAUUCGCCUGAUCUUAUUGUUGCUGAUAAACCUAGCAUGCUCCAUUGGGUACUACGGCCUUACUCUAAAUGCCGUAAACAUCGGGACGGACGCCUAUUUGAAUGUCUUUUUGAACGGAGUCUUUGAGAUUCCGGCAUAUAUCUUUACUACAUUGAUCUUGGGGAGGUGUGGGAGGAGGACACUGGUUAUGGGGACCAUGGGAAUAAGUGGGACUUUCUGUUUACUAGGAAGUACAAUGAAGGGGGAUGGAUUAUUUGAAGGGAUUAGGAUGUUUUGUGGGUUUAUGGGGAUAUUCGGGGUGGCCGGAACAUUCAAUCUGUUGUUUAUUUAUGCAUCGGAAUUGUUUCCGACGGUGGUGCGGAAUGCAGCAUUAGGGUGCGUGACACAGGGGGGCCAGUUGGGGGCGAUUUUGGCACCAAUGGUGGUUGUGAUGGGUGCGGAGUUGGCCUUUGCAGUGAUCGGUUUGUGUGGGGUUCUAGGGGCAAUACUCUCAUUUUACCUGCCAGAGACCUUGAACAAGCCUCUGUAUGAUACAAUGUCUGGUUUAGAAAGUGCAGAAAGUGAUGGGGUUCCUUAAGGAUUAAAGAACCAUUUGAAGUGAUACUUUU